AAGUGAUCAAAAUGGAUACAGCUUGCUUACGGCCACAGUGGGUGUAUUGUCUGAAAAUGUACUUAUUUCCUGAAUUUGUGCUGUUAGAAAUCUUUUUUGGGUUUAAAACAGGAGCACCCCUUGCAGCGUUUUCGAAUAUUAGUCCAAAGUUUCACUUUGUAACAGUGAAGGUUCCAACCCAGCUUUUACUGUCCUUGAUAAAUGUGUGGAGAGUUCCAGGAGUGGCAAAUCCAGGCAGGCACCAUCCUGGCUUCAGUAACCGUGUCAACUGUUGUGUCCCGUCCACCUGUGUGUGAGUGUCCAUUCAUCGACCCUGGGCCAGAUCUUGGUGCCUCGUGAGUGUGGCUAGGAAAGCUGUGAACAAAACUCCAGUCUGUCCUACACUAGAUCUCAGAAUUGGGAGCUAUACGUGUCCCGUUCUAACAGUACCCCAAGCUACCCGUGACGUGUCCCCACCUCCUAGCCCUGUCUCACCUACAACAGUUCAUUUUUGUGCAGCUGUCACUACAGCGUCUUACCAGUGUUGACUCCAAAGCCGGUUGUGACUUAAUUCAAGCUAGUGGUAAGAUGACGGGGUUGGUGGCCAAUGGUAGACGCUGGUUUCACGAGGUUAAUGAUCAGUGGCCUGGGUUCGGCGUGUCCAUCGAGAUUGAGAAAAUCCUUCAUGAGGAGCAGUCCAAGUAUCAGAAGAUCGUGUUCUUCAAAAGUAAGACGUUCGGGACAGUGUUGACCCUGGAUGACAUCGUGCAGUGUACAGAGAGGGAUGAGUUCUCGUAUCAGGAGAUGAUCAGCUUAAUCCCACUAAACUCCCACCCAAAUCCACAAAAUGUUCUGGUGGUUGGCGGUGGUGAUGGUGGUGUGGCCAGAGAGGUGGUAAAACACCCUGCUGUGAAGAGGGUAGUCGUGUGUGAGAUUGAUAAUCGUGUUAUUGAACUCUCCAGGAAGUACCUGCCCAACAUGGCUAAGGGUUAUGAUGACCCGCGUGUCGAGAUCAACGUUGGCGAUGGACUGGAGUAUAUGAAGGAACACGAGAACGAGUUCGAUGUCAUCAUCACGGACUCCUCUGAUCCUAUUGGCCCAGCUACAGUUCUGUUUCAGAAGCAGUACUAUGAGUUGAUGUACAGAGUGCUGAAGCCUGAGGGGAUUAUCUGUAGUCAAGGUGAGUGUCUGUGGUUGGACAUGGGCAUCAUCCGGGAGGUGUUUUCCUUCUGUCAAUCCAUCUACCCUGUGGUAGACUACGCUUUCACCACUAUCCCAAGCUACGUCGGUGGACAGAUAGGCUUCAUUCUCUGCAGCAAGAAUAAGAACACCAAGUUCUCCGAGCCCUUGAGAAGAAUGACCGACGCUGAGGUAGAGAAAUGUCAGCUCAACUAUUACAACUCGGACAUCCACAGCGCAGCAUUUGUCCUUCCUCAGUUUGCCAAGAAGGCAUUGUAUGGUAUCAAGAAGUCCGUAAAUUCCAACCAUAUGUAGUUCAUGCCUGUGGAAACUUUAAGGAUGUAUUUUAAGUCCAUUUUGGGAAUUUAUUUGCAGCCUGUGAAACUUGGUUUGAAUUCUGUUUUAAGAAUUUACAUGUGUGGAAUAGUUUUGCUUUAUUAUACAUAAUUUCUGCCUUUAUUUUUUGUACUUUUAUACGCAGUCUUCUUUGUCCAUUACGCCUUUUUAAAUAUAAUUUUGCAAUUCAAAUUUAUUUAUAUUAAUUAGAGCUUGACAUAAUAUUCAUAUUAGUGAUGUUUUGCCUUUUAAUAAUUUUGUAUUUACUACUGUCUAUGGACACUUGUGAAUUACUCAGUAUGUAUUUUAGAGCUACCAGUUCGCCUAAAGAAUACAUUGUACCCAUCCUUUUAGGGCCUUUGUGAGUAAAACUAAACGUAAAUAUAGCUUCUCGUCAAUGCAGUCGCUGUGAGUUCAAGUCCAGCUCAUACUGGCUUAUUUCCAGCCCCACCUGGGAAAGUUUGUCAGAGACCUGCUGCUCUGCCAGGUUUCCUUCCAGCACAGUGCUGGCCUCUGUCAUAUGAGUCAAAUAUUUUUGAGUAUGGCGUAAAACACCAAUCAAAUGAAUAAACUUGGUAAAGUGCACUAUUUCCACAACAUGCAAACCUGCCUGCUUCAGUACAGUAUUAGAAAAGUAGUUCCAUUUUAUAGCAGCUAUGUUCAAAGAAUUGCUAAAGAGAGCUACUGACAGAAUUGCUUUUUGUUUUAUUUUUUGUUUGUUUUUGUUUCUUUACCCUUAACCUGGUCAUUUUUGUGGUCAUUUUGAAAAAUAUCAGGUGUUUUUGGCUUCUGUUAAAAGCAUACAUAGCAAGGUAUGUACAUGCACCCUGUAGUCAUUGAUGUGCCAGAGGGAUUUACUCCGUUUUCAAGGAUCUUAACAUUGUCUAGUUGACAACAGUUUCCUUUGUAAGGUGUCAUAAAUCAGUUUUUCCAGGAUUUCAGUAUUAUAACUCAGUUUUUACCCUGAACACGUUUGGCUUCAAUAUGUUUGGCAAAAAACAGGUUAAAUCCAGACCAAACAUUUAUGUGCUUUUUGAACACAGGUUAAAGCACGCCGAAUUUUUCCAGCAGAUUUCGCAAUUUUAUUACCUUAAUUCUUGAACCUUUUCAACGAGCUCUGCAACCAAUAUUUUGGAACAUUCUGAAAUGACUAUUGAUGUAGAGAAAUGAAAUUUGCAUCUUUAAUGACACAAAGUUCUCAUUUAUAACAUCAUUUUGAUAAUAAUUGUAUGCCUAAAUUCCACCAAAGAAAGUGCUAUAGUGUUAAAGUAAUUACACCCCCCCCCCCAACCCGGAAUAUUACAGAAAUCCAUAUAUACUACAUAUAUGUAAAUAUACUUACAUCAGAGUAGACAGUUUUAUCACCAGUUGAAUGUGUGAAACCAUUUUAUCUGCAUAUAUUAAGAACUGUUAACGUUUAAUAACUAAAUUCAGUCAUAUUUUCAGUAUCUGUACUACGUUGUCACAGAAAGUUUAAAAUCUCUUCAACCCAGUCUUAUUCCUUGUUAAAAGGAUGGCUAGUACUUUAGGUAAUGCAAAUGUUGACUAAUUGUAUGAGAUGGUGCUAGUGGAAAGCAUUAGUGGAGUCAUUGUUACCUUAAUGUUGAUUUAAUGUAGCUCAACCUCUACAAUGUUGAAAUCUGUCGGUUUCUGCUGUAGCCUCAUUCUGUCUUUAAUUUAAACUGCAAAGGUAACGUUUGACGUAAAUAAAAUGGCUUCGAGUGCUGCUGUUGGGCGUUUGCCGGUUCUCCGUUCAAUAAUGAAGACGUAUACUCCAGCACAGUUAGAUAUCAGUAAUAGAUAAAAUUCAAGUAAAGAUAAAAUUAAAGUAACGGUAGUAGGUCAAAAACUUGAUUCGGAUUUUUAUUUAAUAACUUCUUUCAUACUGAACAUAAACAAAUGCGUCAACACAUAUACAUUAUUUGUUGUUUUUUUCUUUUAAUUCGGAAAUACAGUUUUUGUUACUUUUAAGUCCUGUGUUUCAUUUGAACUGUGGUAAACAUUUUGUUAAAUGUAUGUAGCGUUACCGUUUUGCUUUUGAGAUGAGAUGGAUAGCCUACAGUACAUGUACCGGAUUAUUUUAGAAUACCACUUGUUACCUAAAGUCCUCAACUUUUUCGCAUGUGUAAACUUCAGUGUGAUUUGUGCAUCUUUUGAAUUUGAUUCUGGAGACAAAACCACAUGGGUUGGAUUGGUCAAUAUCAGGCCUUGACAAAAAAAAACUACACUUUUAUCAGUCUACACAAAAUAAUGCCCGAAAAACAUGCUAUAAAAAGCGUCUUGCAAAGACAUGAAAAGAAUUACAGUACACCUACUUUGUCCGCUUACAUACCUCUAUUCCUAAACAUGUCCAUGUGUUAUUAAACUUGAUGCUUAGAGGAAAUCUGUGUUAGUCAUUUUUAUGGGUUUGUUUUAAAAUUCGGUAUUUAAGACAAGGUACGAAUGGUGACAGUAUUAAGCUACAUGCAGUUCUGUGUUGUAUAUAAAGCUAAUGUACUGUUGUCUUCAUUUAAUGUGAGAUAUUUUAAUUAUAUUGCAAAACCAGUGCUAUCAAAAACAAAUGGCAAGAGUAGCAUACUUUCACUAUUGCUGUGUGGCAUUUAAUUUGGCCUACAUUUACAUUUAUUUUAUGUAAACCCACGGGGAAACCCACGACCAUCCGCAGAUUUAAUAAAAACGCUAUUUUCUGUCCUAUUAAACAUUUGGUAUAACUGGCUACACCGUAAACUACACGAUGUCUAUAGCCUUACAAUGUGAAAUGGCUGUACAAAGAGCUUAAAUGGUAAUCAGUUUGUAUCUGCUAGUCGUGUCACAGUGUAACUUCUGGUCACAGCUUUUUGAAAUGAUUAUUGUCAUGUUACAAAAGCUGAGUGAGCACCAUAAAUAAAGCUUUGGGUACA